AUACUUGUUGGUUUUUGCGUAAAAUUAUAGAAAACAUCUUUUAUUUUAUCCGGUUCGUUUCUUUUCCUUUCUUUUCAAACUGGAAAUAUUUUAAAUAAAUAAACACAUAUACUUGAUACACUCUACGAGGUUAAAGAACGAGGAGUUGCGUUUGGAAUAGCACGUGGGACAGAGAUUGGAGACAUGGUCGUGUUUACGUGUGGCCAUUGCGGCGAGUCGGUGAACAAGCCUAAAGUUGAGAAACAUUAUAUGACCAAAUGUCGAAAUAGGCCCCACAACUUAUCAUGCAUGGACUGUUUCAAGGACUUUCUAGGUAAUGACUACGAGGCUCAUACUAAAUGUAUAACCGAAGAAGAACGCUACUCAGGAAAAGGUUUUGUUGCUAAGGAAAAGAAAGGAGAAAAGAAGCAAAAUGUAUGGGUUGAAAUGCUUCAAGAGGUUUUGGAACAGCAAAAGAGUGCUCCGGCCAAUGUUAGAAGGAUAAUCGAGACAGUCAGCAAACAUAAUAACACUCCUAGGAAGAAACCCAAGUUCAUCAACUUUGUCAAAAAUGUAUGCGGACAGAAAACUAAUCCAAACGAUAUUAACCAAGCAUGGGAUAUGAUCUCCGUUAAACUGAGCGAGUUAUCAGCAAUGAACGCUAGGCCCAAUCAAAAUCAACAAAAUAAGAAAUCUGAAGAUGAUGAAAGCAACGAGAAAACAGAAAAUGGGGUUACGGAAAAUGGUAAAACUGAGAAUGAGGAAAAUGGUGAUGUUGGAGCUCAAAAUGGCGAAGUAGAGAAAGCUGGAGAAACUGAGGAAAAGCAUGGUAAGAAGUCUAAAAAGCAGCGUAAAGAAGAGAAAAAGCGUCAGAAGUACGAAGCGGAAUUGCAGAGCGCAGCGCAGGAGCCUGGAGAGGAAGAGGAAGAACCGCAGCCCACAAAGAAAGAGAAAAAGAAGAAAAACAGAGCUGUAUCCGUUAGCAACGGUGACGUUGACGAACUUAAAGAGGAAGAUAACAAAAAUAAAAAACGUAAAAGACAAGAUACCGUCGGCGCAGUUCAGGAAGUCAAAGAUGCUGCUGAAAACGGGGUCAACGAAGCUGAAAUGCCCGUUAGCAGGGUCGACAAGAAAAAGAAGAAAACGAAGAGCACCGGAGAAUCCGAAGAGGCUGAAGAGAGUGUCUGUCUGCAUGACCAGAAUGUAGCAAAGAUUGGCGAAUUAGAUAUCCAUAAAGAUAAAUUCAAUUGGCAUGCUGUUAUAAUAUCUGUGCUUGAAAAGAAAGGAGAGAUGCAGUUCAAAAGACUUCAGAAGAAGAUUCUCGGGGAAUAUCAGGAGGCGACGGGGCAAGAGAUUGAUGAUAGAAUUGCAGAUAAGUUCAUUAAGAAAUUGAAAAGCGCACCCAAUGUUAGGGUGGAUAAGAAUAGAGUUGUUCUUGUGGACUAGAAUCCUGUAUUAAGG